AAUAAAUCUCCUUGCAAAUUCUCUGCACACCCACUUCACGUCCCUUGUCUCUGUAGUAGCUUUGCAGUUUGUCUGAGGUCCAAACCACAAGUUCUGUACGAACAAAAGCACACCAGUGUUUCGUCUCUGUGAGCUUAAAAGGACAACCUUCUGUCUUAUUAUUACAUCCUCUGAUAAUGAUAAUCAACAUAAAUAAGUCUCCUACCUCUGUAAUUGCUGGCUUUAUUUCUUUUCUUGCAAAUUAUUGAUUUUGGUGACGUUAAUGAGUUGCAGCUGUUGUUGUCACCUAAUCCAAGAAUACCCACUUCAUCGAAUCCUUUGAAUUUAUGUCGAACUCCUUAAAAACCAUCCAAAAAGUUGCCAAAUUUAUACUCCAUCUUUUGACUGUUUCUGUGUCUCAAUCUUUAAAAUGUCAGUUCAUGAAAUGUCCCACCUGGAUUUAGAGCAAGGGACACACCAGCGCUCCGUUGCUGGAAGUGAUAUCAGUUCUUUUUCUGAUGCAGAAAAUGGGUCUUGCUACUCUCAGUUCUAUUCAACCACUGCUGGGUCUUAUGAUGAUUACAGUUUUGCCUGUGUCUCUGAACUUGAGGGCAUAGACGGUGUGGUUUUGGAUUCUAGGAGGGUGUCUUCAGUGUCUGAUUGUUCAGUGGAGGUGGAGAUUGAGAAUAAGGUACCUGAAAUAAAGGUGCAUUUGAGUAAAGUGGAGAGAGAUUGUAGGAUUUGCCAUCUGGGUUUGGAGAGUAACAGUCAUGAAUCGGGCGUUCCUAUUGAAUUGGGUUGCUCUUGUAAGAAUGAUUUAGCUGCUGCUCAUAAACAGUGUGCAGAAGCUUGGUUCAGGAUUAGGGGAAACAAGACCUGUGAGAUUUGUCAUUCGAUUGCACGCAAUGUUGUUUUAGCAAUUGACAUAGAAUCAAUCGAGCAUUUGAAUGAGACAAACAAUGGCAUGGAUACCGCUACAACAGCAGUCUCAGCAUCAAUUCCCACUGCAGAAACUAGAAGCUUUUGGCAAGGCCACCGCUUCCUGAAUUUCUUGCUUGCUUGUGUAGUAUUUGCUUUUGUACUGUCAUGGCUCUUUCACUUCAAUGUGCCAUCCUCGUAAACUUCUGUAGAAGAGGGUUGAGAGAAUAGGAAAAGGAAAUAACUUUAGAGGAAAGCCGAAGUAAUCUAGAAGAGUUUGCAGAGAUUGUUGUGUGAUGAGUGAGGAAGACUUCAGUGCUUCAUGUGGUUUUAUAGGCAAUCAUAACAUUUUCCUUUAAUACGCGUAGGAGUUAUGUUGAUCUAUAUACUUACAAUGAUAUUUUCCAGAGCUUUGACAGCCUUGAAAAUUAUUCGUAGGUGUCCUGAUGCUGGGUCGAUUCAUAGCUCUGCCUUGAAAAAUAUUUAUAGGUGUUUGGAGGUUG